AUUGACCUUCUUAAUGAUGACUAAUUUGAAGUAGCCAGAAGAGUAUGUGUUUUUGUUCUUAAGAAAUGUCACGUCAGAGUUUUUGCUCAACAAUAGAGAAGCUUUGAUAUGUAACUGUGUUUGUAGGAGAUAAGUAGAUCAACUUUAGCAACUUCUCAAUCCUAUCGUUUUCGUACAACCAGACUCCGUAGUUUCUAAAGGCCUCUGUUAAAAUCUUGACCAAAAGAUAUAUGUAGUGGCCGUUCAAUUGGUAGCUACUUGUUAAUUCCAAAAUUUCCUCAUCUGCAGAUUGUGGAAAGGCAAAAAAAAUAUGUGUAGAAACGUGGAAAAUCGAACUUUAAGAAAGUGAUACUUGGAAUGUAACCUAUUGAAAAUAGACCUACCGCUGUUUCCACUUUUCAACACUCAAAAAUCUCAAUGUAAACGCACUGGCACAUAUGUAAACAACACUUGAAAGCAAAAAAUAGCAUUCGGAAAAAUUUACUGUAAAACUAUUAGUUCGUGGUUCCCUAUUUCUAACUCUACAUGGAAAUGUCUUCUUGGUCCUCAGAUUUUAAAGAACAAUCAAGGUUGUGUGAUGAUCUAGACUGUGAUAUGGAUUAUUUACUCUCUGGAAGGUAUGAAAUACUGGCAUCGGCCAAUACCACUGUUCAUUGUAAUUCUGUACAGUCUGCAUUUGCUUUACCAAAAUCAACAAACUCAUCCUUUUGCUCACCAAAUCAGACACAUCCUAUAAAUUCGAUAUUCCCUUGUAGAAAAGUCAUUACAUGCUCAUGUCGGUGCUGUGAUCCAUUCUCAGAUCACCUCAGUCAUAUGACAAGUAGAAGUAUAAACCAAGUACAUGAUAAAAAUAUUGACUUUCCGUGUAUUAUUAUGGAUGAUAAUGAUGUUGAUGUUGAUAAUGGCGACGAUGAACAGCCUAAAUUAAAUUUAACUGAUCCAUUAAUGACGGAUAUUGCGGCUGGGGAAUUAGAUAACUCACCUAAUUCAUGUCAUGAAUAUGAUACGUUACUUAUGCUUCCUUCCUCAUCAUCAUCUUCUACAUCAUCAAUUGGAUACAUCAAUAAUCAUUGUAAUUCCAUGUGUUCAAGUCCUACAGAAAUGGAUUUCUUAAAUUCAUCCACUUCUUCAUAUGCUAAUAAUUGUAACAAUAAUAAUAAUAUUAAUAAUUGUUAUAGUACAAUAUCUCCUAUUGAAUGUUCUUCAUCAUCGUCAAAUAGUUCUUGUUGUUCAUUUAAAUCACAACAAUGCUACAAUUGUAUAAACUCAAUUCAGGUGAAUAAUCAUUUAAAUAAUGAUAAUGUAUCAUCAAAAUCUUCUAAUAAUUCUACAACUACUGCUAUUAGUAGUAGUAAUAGUAGGGCUACUACUAUUACUAAUUCCGUUGAUACUAUUGCUCCAGAUAGUACUGUUAUUAUUUCUACUUCUAAUCCAUAUGUGAAACUGUUUACAAGUUCAAAUAGUUCACUUAUUGAUCAUCAAACUCAACCACAUAUUUCAUCAUUAUCAAUGAGAACUAGUAAACCUGUAUGGCAAAUGAAAUUCACACGUAAACAGUAUGUUUAUAAUCGUACAAUUGUAAAUAGCAGUUCUUCCAUUGCAUCAUUAACACGGUCUCGUCAAUUGCAUCAUCAUCAUCAAAACAACCACUACCAUCAACAACAAUUACAUCAUUAUUAUCAUCAAUCUAAACGUCGUUUCUCUUCCUUAUCAAAGAAAUCAUUUCCUGUAAAUAAUAAUCAUAUUGAUCAAAUCUAUAAUUCACAUCCAAUUUCAAUGCAUUAUGAUUAUUCUCUUAGUAAUAGUGAUAUAGUACAGCAAUUACCAUCUAAUCAAACUGUUACGUCAUCUCAAGGACAAACUGUUCAAUAUCCUACUCAUGAUUUAUUAUCCACUUAUACAUUUCAGUUAUCUCCAUCAAUUUCAAAUAAUCAAAGAGAAAAGUUAUUCUAUAAUAAUAAUAAUAAUACUAUCGACAAUAAGAAUGUUGAGGGUACUGUAAAUAUUCUAGAAAGUGAAGAAAAUAGUCUUAUGUAUACACCUGUUCCAAUGAGAAAAGAACAUAAUGAAUCAUCGUCCAUUCGACCGUCAUCAUCAUCAUUAUCUUCAUUUUCAAUAACACCAACACUAACUAGCAAUAGUACUACUAAUUCUGUAACAUGUAAAAACCAAUCUAAAACUAAUUCAAUCCAUCAUUCUAUAAAUAUAUCUAAUCCUGUUCAUAAACGUUUGCAUUUGUUACAAUUUAUUAGUAAACUUUUACAAUAUUCUUCUGAUUCAUCAACAUCAUCUUUAACGAAUUCCACAAAUUCAUUGUCAUUGUCAUCAUCAUCAUCCUCUGCAUUCCUUUCAUCAUUAUUUCCUACAACAUCUACAAGUUCAUUUUGUUCAAUUAAUCAACAACCGGAUGAAUUUAUACUACAUUUAUUCAAUCCUAAUUCACAAUAUCUUAAUUGUGUUCAAUGGAUUGAUAAACAAGCACGUAUUUUUCAAAUAAGAAAUCCACAAAAGUUAUCACAAUUAUGGGGAUAUUAUCGUAAAAAUGUCAAUAUGACUUUUGAGUCGGUUAGUCGUAGUUUAAGAUUGUAUUAUGUCUCUGGGAAAUUAGAACGUAUUCGUGGUCAACGUAAUCAAUAUCGUUUUUUAGACGUAAAUGCUUAAAUUACACAAUUACAUAAUAUUCAUUUAUGAUUUUUUUCCUCGCUAAAUUACAACAUCCCGUCUUCUGCACUAUCAUUUUCUUUAUUUACCCUUUUUUACUUUUCUCUCGUGUUUUUGUUAAAAAUUUUCUAGAACUAUUUUUAAUGAGAAAAAGAUUAGCAUAUAAAAUUUUAAGAAGCAACCUACUUUGUAUAUUUUCAUUUAUGAUCUGUGUUACAUUGCUUUGUCUGUUGGAUUAUCACUAUUAUUGUUAUUAUUAUUAUCGUAACUAUUCCUGUUGGGGUGGCCUAUAGCUCUUCCACUAGGAGUAACAGGCUUAAAUGAGUAUUUUAACUAUAAUUAUCAUAUAAUUCUUGUAUGGAUACACGCACAUAUUCUGCCAGUUCACGUAACACAUACACAUUAAAAUUCUUCUUUACAACUUUAUUAUAUGAAAUUGUCUUUCUUAUUGAUUUCACUCAGAUAAAAUGAAAUAAGUAUUGAAUAUUGUUUUCUAUUAUUUCCAUUGUUACUAUCAUUCUUUCUUAUGAUUCUUUUCUUUGUCUUUCGUUUAUUCAAUAUUAUAAACGUCCAUAGUGAUGAUAUUAGUUGUUAAGUUGUUUUGUCUAUUAUUAUUAUUAUUAUUAUUAUUAUUAUUAUUAUUAUUAUUUCAAAGUACACAAUAAUUUCCACCCCUUUCUUUGUCUUUCCAUCAAUUCUAUUUACUAUAUUUAAACAAAGAUAAACCUCUGCCUUAGUAACAAGAAUUAAUUAAAAGAGAAAAACAAUUUUUUUUAAAAAAAAAAGAAAGAAAAGAAAAUCUGACAAUGUAUUUUCAUCUUGAUUCAUAUUUCUACUCUUUUUUUUUCCUUUCUAAUUUCAUAGUGAAAGUAAGGCAAACAAAUUCAAUAUUCAAGAUUUUAGUCAAAUAAAUAAAAUGAAUGAUAAUUUUAAAAAUAGUAGUCAAUUUUAUUUUUCUUGCCAAAUAUAUAAAUAUACAUAUUUAAAUUUCUAUUAAUUUGUGAAAAGAAGAAAAAAGUAAAGUAAACAAAAAUUACUUUGCAGAUUAUUUUGUUUAUUUAUUUAUUUAUUUACUUCUCUGUUUAUUUAUGAUCAAUGUGAUAUUUCCUUGUUAAUUGAUUAAUUCUAAUUGGUUUGUUUGUUUUUCUUUCGAAUUGAUUCAUUCAAUAUUGAAGUGUUUUACUCGUUUACUUCGUUUUCUUUGUUUUUCCCUCCAGAGAAAUUAGGCGGAAGGAACAAAAAAAGAAGCAAUAAUUAUUAUCGUUAUUUUUUUCUUUCUUUUUAUUAGUUGUAUCUUUCAGUAGAUAGAUAUCCUCAGUCAGAGCAGCAUUUUUCCCCUCCCCUUGGCUCCACGUUUAAAAAAUCAUGUCUAUUACGAAUAAGUAUGAUAUUUUUUUUUACAGUUAUCGAUCUUGUUUGUUUGGCUUAUAUAUUUAUAUAAAUAAAGUAUUAAAUUACCCUCUUCAAAAACAGAUAUUUCAAUUGAUCAAUUGACGAUGAUGAUGAGUUUGUAAAGCAAACGUAUAUAUUGGACAAUGUUUUGUCAUCCCUCCCCAUCCUAGUCGGUUACGUUCUUCCUAAAUUCUCCUUUUAUUGUUGUCAAUGGUGGUAGUUACUUUUAUUGUAAUAAAUUCAUCUUCAACUAUUUCAUUUUUUACUGAAUACAUGUUUGUUAUUCUUCUCAUUCUUAUUUAUUUAUCCGUUUUUUUUAAAAUAAUUUUUAUUCAGGAAAAAUCUAGACUUUCCAUGACUAUCUACUUACAUACCUUUAAUAUCUGCCAUAAAAUUAUUUGUUUUGUUUUACUUAGUCAUAUAUUUAAUUCUAUUGAUCAUUGUUAGAUAAUAGUUUGACUUCAACUUUUCUUUUUUCUUCGUUAAAUCACUUUGAUUUGAAUGUAUCUUAUCAUGGGUGGAUUGUGUUUGUUAUGUUUUUUUUUCUGUAUGAAAAUGAUACUAAUACUACUAUUACUAUUGUCAAUAGUAAUAAUAUUAGUAAUUAUUUUCUUUUAAUUAUGGCCAAUGCCUUCCCCCCCCCGGCCUUAUUGUGCUUUCAGUCCUUUUUUUUGGUCGAUUUUUUUUAUCGCCCCCUUUUUGUCGAUAACCUAUUAUUAUUAUUACUGUAAUUCAGAAUGAUUAGUGUUUAUUUAUUUAUUUUUAGUGAAAUUUAUUUUUUUAUGAAGGAGAAGAUAAAAUACAAAAAAAAUCAGAUAAAAAAUUUUUUUCUCAAAUUAUAAUUUUCUGUGUUUUUUUUUCAUUUGUUACUUUGAAAAAUGAGAUAAUCAGGUAUCAUUGUACAAUUGAAUGAAUUACUGUCAUAAAAGUGAAACAAAAAUUCAAAGAGAUUAAUUCUAUUUCAAUGUGUUUAUGAAUGUAAGAUUUUUUAUUUAUGUUAUAACUUAUGAUCGCCGAUUUGAGAACAUUGACUUAUCGAUCGGAUCAAUGAC